UUCAAACUUACCUUUUUUUAGUUUUUACAAAAUAAAUACCACCAAUGCUUUUAAAGUUAACCUUAUUGAGACACAUAGUUUGAAAUGGAUUACGAACUAAGUUCUAUUAUCAAAAAAGAGAAACAAGAAUUUGUAGAAGAUAAAAAUGACAAUUAUUUACCGUUACGUUUUGAUAUUAAAAUUAAAGUUGAAAAUGAGACGAUACUCGAUGAUUGGUGUUUACAGAAUGUAUCGUCAACGAACGACUACGAAACUAUAAGUUACCUGAAACUGAAAGAGGAGUGCGAACAAUCUUGUGUAAUAUGUAAUGAAAACUUUACUGAUAGCUUCUCUUUGUAUAAACACAAUCUCAUACACCUAAAAGUGCCUUUAAUACGACGUAAAUUAUUCAUGUGCGAUGCCUGCCCCGCCUUCUAUAAAAAGAAAAAAGACCUCCAAAACCACAUCUUAUUAACUCACCAACCCAAAAGGCUAUAUUAUGGCGAUGAACUUAUAACAAAGUCACUACAUAAGUGUCAGAUUUGUGAAAAAACAUUUGCGUAUAAAAGUUGGUUCGAUCACAUAAAAAAUGUCCAUGGGCAGCUUAAAUUGAAGUGCGAGAAGUGUAAUUUAACAUUUAAGUGUGAAAGGUAUUUAAAACGACAUAUAUUGUACACACAUGAGGGAGUUAAACCUCCUUGGCGUUAUCACAAAGUUAAGUCUGCUAAUAUCAAAACAUACAUCCAGUGUGAGAUAUGCCCUGCCAGAUUCACUAAUAAAAACUCUUUAACUACUCAUAUAAGAAACUGUCAUAGUGAGAAAAAGUUUCAAUGUAAAAUUUGCAAAUCUAUAUUAAAAAGUAAGUCCUACUUACUGACACAUAUUAAUCGAGUUCACUAUGACGAUGGGAAGUUGCAUUGUUGUGAUGUUUGUGGUAAGAUUUUUAAGUCACCGAGGUAUGUAAGAGUACAUAUUAAGAAUUCCCACAGCUCUCAGAAGAAAUAUAAAAAAAAGAAAACUUAAUGUGUUAAGUAUGGAGCUUUAUAUACAAAUAAUAUGCUUGAACAACUCUUUAAAAUCUAUCAAAGAUUGAAGUGUCAAAUUAUUAAAAUAUUGCCCCAAACUGACCAGUAGAAUAAAUCUUCAAUAAGGGCUCAUACAUUAACCUGUUUAACAUACAUCAUGAAAUAGAUUGAUAUGAGUGAGUCAAUAGUUAUUCGACCAAUAUUUUCACCAGUUUCAAGGGAGCCAGUGUUAAUACUUGUACAUUUGGUUGAGAACACUGUAAAUUUAUUUUAUUAAGUUGAUACUAUCAGGGCAGAUAUGACCAAUAACCAGUGGACUAUAAUAAUUUUUAAACAAAUUAUGUUAUUUUUUUUAACAGAUCAAAAUAGGUUUUAAUUCUUUUUUUUUUAAUAUUGUCACAAUAUACUAAUUUUAUAAAUGAGAAAGUAACUCUUGUCUGUUGCUCUUUCACAGUCAAACUACUGAACCAAAUUAGAUUAAAUUAAGUAUGAAGCAGACUUGAUCUCGAAGGACGUAGGCAAAUUUCUUAUGACUGACACAUGACAAUCAACACCCUAAAAUGCGAGCGACUAGUACAAAAAAACAAUGACAGUGACAAUUUUGAUGUAACUUUACAUACUAAAGUGGAAAAAGGGGAUUUUAUAUCUGUUAACAGGCAGAAGUAGAACAACACAGCUCUAUUAUAAGCAUGAGUAACUAAUGUUCUGGUGAUACCCUUCCGAAAAUAUAUAUUUAAGGGUGAACCUCACGGAUGGUCUCAGACUUGACUAUUAUCAGCAAACGGGACUCGGAAUGUUUUGAAUGCUACGCACCCUGAUUGAAGACGAACUUGGAACAACAAAUGACUUCUAGUAUCUAAGGACAGAUUAAUUACCUAUACACAUUGUUAAACUAUACAUAAGUUAAUUUAUUAAAAAAAA